AUAUGUAGAGAUGCAGUUUCUCUUCAAUCGUCUUCUUCAGUGCAGAGGAUCGGUUGUUAGUCGUUCGCGGUCCACUAUUGGGAGUAGAUUUGCUUUUGUGUAUUUAUACACAGCCUGCGUCUCCCGCCGACAGCCGCGAGAACCUAAUCGUGAAAUUCAAUAACGCUGCUCUGGGAGAUCUACAGCCGGUUUCUUUCAUCGCACAAAUGCUUCCGGAGAAGGUGAAACCUCGGUACAGCUGAGUGUUCGUUUGCAAUUUAUUUUAGUUUUGAUACGUUAUCACGUGGAGAGGUGUUUAAUUCACUCCAAAGUGUACUGCAUUUCGGUAGCGAGUGUAAGAAACAACUUCUGUUUAUAGAUCAACGAACCAUCCGAUGCAACAUGUCUCACAACCAUCGCACGAUAUACAACAUGCUACUGAGCAGCAGCGAAAAUCGCUCCGUACCGUUCUGCAACUGCGAAUAUCCCGCCGUGACACGGUCGCGACACACGGCCAAGAAAAUCGAACGCUGCCGGUGUGGCGAAGAUACAUCGACACGGUUCGAUUGGAUCUGGGACGUCGGCUGUGCCCAUCCGGACACAAAGAUCACCAACGGGACGGAGAUUGUGUUCCAUCCCGUAUACAGUCAGGGUACGGCCGUCAUACGGGGAACGCAACCUUUGCAGCAGACGAUGCAUCACUAUUGGGAAAUCAAAGUGCUGAGUCAGCUAGCCGGAACGGACAUCAUGCUCGGCAUAGGAACGGAUAAGGUAGACCUACUGGCGCAUCGUUUCAAAUUUUCCAGCAGCUUGGGAUUAGACGAUCAAUCGUGGGGCUACUCGUACCGUGGGUUGACCCAACACAAUGGGCAGCUGAAAUACUAUGGAAAGAAAUUCAGUCAAGGCCGAAUCAUCGGUGUCUACGUCGAUAUGUUCCGUGGAGUUCUCGAGUUCUAUCUGAACCGACGGUCCCAAGGUCGCGCCUACUCCAACAUACCACGUGAUAGCAAUGGACGCAUUUACCCUAUGAUCUGUUCUACCUCAGCCAAGUCGUCCGUCAAACUCAUCAAUGCAACAUCUUUCAGGGACAGUUUGGUGUUCAACUGCAUGAAAGUGAUCUCAAAGUAUCCCAAACUACUAGAGCAAGUUAAUGCAAUCCCAGGUUUACGGCGGCACGCGGAUGAUUUGUGGUUCCUGCAAUUGAGGGAACCGAAAAAGCCUGACGAAUUCCAACGUAAUAAUUUACUGCUAGAGGAUGAAGCACUGCUAUGUGGAAUGAAGAAAAAGAAAUUCAAUGAAAUUGUGUCGAACAGUCAGGCUCACGCCUCUACAGAAUGCAUUUCUGAAGAUCAAAUCUAUGAUGACAUGAUCACGGAAGAUAAUAUCAAGAAACAUUCCUUGAGUGGCACUAGAACGAUAAGUACCAGUAGCAGCAGUGACGAUGACGAAUUGGCAUUGAUGAUAUCUCGAGAAUUUUUCUGUAACCACUGAUUAGUGAUCAUGCAUGAAGUCAUGUGACUGAUUCAAACAACACAAUUUCGACUUUGAAAAUGUGAAGUUUAAUAGUCUGCCGCUAUGUGCCAUUUACAUUAAUUAUAAUUUAGUGUUCAGUUCACAUAUCAAUCAAUAUAUUUCUGAAAAAUAUAUGGUGAAAAUAAAAUCUAUGUUCAAAACUUAAAAAA